UAAUGAUAAUUGCGACCCAUUUCGUCGUCAGCUUGCCUUGAGGUCAGGUCUGCAGUUUUACCGACUCCACCUCGGUAAAUUCGCUGCAAAACUUACUCCUAAUGAACACCUUCACAAGCAUCAAAACACACACACAUCCUUUCCUCCACUUCCAUUAUUCUCCUUAACUUCUUCUCAAUCCAUGUCGUUCGCAUAUAUACUGUACAUGAUGAUGGUUCUCUUCAGCAUUUCGUAAGAUACUUUCAGACGCUGGCAUCAUCCGCAGAAAAAAAAAAAAAAAAAAGAAAGGUCUCCUCGUCGACGAGUCACUGUACUAUUGUGUCAAGAAUUAUUGCACAGUAGAUUGUCAGUGAAAUUAGCGGGGAAAUGGACGGUAAUAGUGACACUGCGUUCUUGGAAGGCGGGGCUAAUGAUGAUUCGGGCUGUCGGUCGUCUUCGCGGUCAGAAAAGCCGGGUUACGGCCUCUGUCGAAUUUGCCACGGGAAUGACGCUGUUCACAAGCUGAUUGCGCCGUGUUUCUGCAAGGGCAGUUUGCUCCACGUGCACCAAGGCUGCCUGGAGCACUGGCUGGAGGCGACCUCUUCCGAGAAGUGCGAGUUGUGCGGGUACCAGUACAUCACCAACAAGCGCCCCAUGCGGUUCCGCGAGUGGAUCCGGUUGUCGCGGGGCCUGGAGAGACGUCGCCUGGUGGCCGACUUGUGCUGCACCCUCACCAUGACGCCCAUGGCCCUCACCAGCGUGGCCCUCUUGCUCAACUCCAGCCUCCACUUUGGCCCGCCCGUGGGGCCCAGGUCCAUGAUCUACUACCUCCUCAUUGCACUGGCCAUGCUCAUAUCCGUGGUCUAUGUGUACUGGCUGCUAAACACACUCAAGACCCACCUCCUGGCCUACCGGCUCUGGCGCAUGUCCCAUUUCCACGUGAAACUCGUCCUGCCUGCCUGCAACCUGGACAGGUCUCACACUCUUCCUGCACCCGGGUCUCAUCUGCACCAGCAGAACAAUAUCAACCUGAUGGCUGCUUCAAACCCGGGCUCUUGCUUCGGCGACACCCUCGGCGUGCAUUGCGACGAGCACAGCAGUCUGUAUUGCAGGAGUCCGGAAAGUGACGUUUUCGAACUGGGACCUUCGGAAAUGAGUCGUGACUUCAAGCCAAGUGAUACAAAGUUCCCGGCACAGGAACCUGGAACAGCUGGCGAUUCCCCCUUGCUGUUGAGCAAAUACUCGUCUGUGAUGCUCAACAGCUCUCCGUCCGCCCACGAACUCAUGCGGAUCCCGGAUGGGUUCGGAGAAGAAGCCUUUUGUUGGGACACUAGCGAGCUGAAGCGAGACGCGAGGAACAACAACAGCUGCACUUGCUGCAGGGAUCCUUGGGAGAUCCAAGGAGUGGCCAUCACGUCGCCACACGAGGAUCCAAUCAGGUGGAGGCAGGUCAUUUACACCCAGGCUCGAGAUCGUCGGUGUCGGGUGCACGGGGCGAAGCCAGUUACGCCUGAUAAAGAGCUGGUGAAUGAUGACACCUGUGUUUUGCACGAUGAUCCCGUCCCAUUGGCGAGCAGCGGAUACACAUUCCUGAGCUCUGUUCAGCGCGCAAAUUCGGCAGAAUCCUUGACGUCUGACCGCGAAAAAGGAGUCUCAAAAACCGCCAUUCGUCAAAAAGAAACCGGUUCAUUCAGUGCUGAUGAGGAUCAUCAAGGUUCACUUUGUUGACACACAGUAUUUCUUUUUCCUUGUCUAACUGUAUUUUUGUCACAAUUUUCUUGUGGUUCUGUUUUGUCAUUGUUCUCUCGGUUUGAGAUUUUUCUGCCUACAUCAGCUGAAUAUAUUCAGACAUUAAAUUCGGA